GAAAUUAAAAAUUAGGUUAUCUUCGCGCCUUUGACACUUUGACUUUUUGUUGUACAAAUUUAAUGUAUGUAAUUUGAAUUUGUCAAUCUCAAUACCAAAAAAUGUCUGAAGAUUCUGGAGAAAUGGCAAAUAUAGUAAAGAAAACGAUAGAAAGAAAUCGACAAAAAGCUAUAAUACUUAAGAGGAGUAAAUUAGUUUCUCACCCUUACAACAAAGGUGAAGUUUGUUCAGAAGACACCACAACCACCUUAAAGAUAGGUACAACCAAGUAUAAAGAUACUGGAGGUGGUUUUCUGUUGGAGGAAAACGAUGAACCUGAUGAGCUGGAGUUACUUUUAGCCCAAGAAGAAGCACCUAUUUUAGAGUUGGACCGUCCUGAAUGUGGAGUGUGCAAUAAAACUUUUGCUUCAUCUUGGUUAUUCGAUAAAUUUGAUUAUAAAUGUUGUGAUGCAUGUAAAGACCCAGAAACGCACAAAUUAAUUACAAAAACAGAAGCCAAAACUUCAUAUUUGCUCAAAGAUUGUGAUCUAGACAAAAGGGAACCUCAAUUGAAGUUUAUACAGCAAAAGAAUCCACACAAUUCUUCAUGGGGAGAUAUGAAACUAUAUUUACUGAUACAAAUUGAAAAACGGGCUCUGGAAAUUUGGGGAUCAGAAGAAAAUCUAGAAAAGGAAAGAGAACUGCGGGAAGAAAAGAGAGUUCUAGCGAAAAGUAAGAAAUAUGAAAAGCAACUCAAAGAAUUAAGGAAAGGUAUGCGAAGUAGCUUGUAUGAUAGGACGAAAUCUGCUUCUCAUACCCACGAAUUUGGUGAAGAAACACUUAUCGAUGAGGAAGAAGAUACUUAUCACAGAAAAUGUUUGACUUGUCCAUAUGAAGAAACAUUUGAAAAAAUGUAGUUAGUUUAAUGUUUUUUAGCGAAUUAUACUUUUUACACUAAUAGCACUUAAUUUAUAUGUAUACGUUAUUUUGAAUCAUAAUUAUUUAUUGUAUAUCUAUUUUAUUUUAAUAAAUACAUUUACAAAAUA